GGGAUGGCCAUUGGGUAGCUGCAGGGUCCAGGAGUCAGUUCCCCAGCCCUAGUCUGGUUGUAGUGGGUGGGACUUCAGAGGUGGUUUUCCACAAGCAGUUGUCUAUGCUGAUCUCCUACAUGAUCCCGAGCUAGACUGGAGGCCAGGAGCAGGCAGCAGCCUGGGAGCCGCCCCCAGCGACCUCCACCUGCGCGCAGAGGGAGCAUCGCCCGCCCGCAGCACAGCCCAAGGACCCCGAGUGACCUCGCCAUGCGCGGGCUGGCCAGGCGCGCCCCGGAGCAGCGGGCGAUCCAUCCGGAAACGCAGCCCCGAGCUCCGCGAGGCCACCGAACACUCCCAUCGCCAGUGUCCUUGAUCUGAUCGUGGCUUCCAUUUGUCCACACAAGAAGAGCAGCUCGCCAGGACGAGAUCCACAGCAGGGUGACGCCACGGACACCAUGUUCUGUACGAAGCUGAAGGAUCUCAAGAUCACAGGGGAGUGUCCUUUCUCCUUACUGGCCCCAGGGCAGGUUCCUAAAGAGCCAGCAGCAGAGGAGGUGGCGGGGAGUGCAGAGAGCUGCCCAGCCUCCCUGCCAGGAGUGGACGUCUGUCAGGAUGCCCCCGAGAAGAAAGUGCAAGGAACUCACCCUCAAAGAAAGACCAGUCGGAGCCGAGUCUACCUUCACACUUUGGCAGAGAGCAUUUGCAAACUGAUUUUCCCCGAGUUUGAGCGGCUGAACUUUGCACUUCAGAGGACACUGGCAAAACAUAAAAUCAAAGAAAGCAGAAAAACUGUGGAAAGAGAAGACUUUGAAAAAAUAAUUGCAGAUGAAGCACUUGCCGCAGGAGUUCCAGAGGAGAGCAUCAAAGCAUCUCUGGGUGAAGAGAUUUUUAAAAUAUGUUAUGAGGAAGAUGAACACAUCCUGGGUGUGGUGGGAGGAACCCUCAAAGAUUUUUUAAAUAGCUUCAGCACCCUUCUGAAGCAGAGCAGCCACUGCCAAGAAGCAGAGAAGAAAGGCAGGCGGGAGGCUGCCUCCAUUCUCUGUCUGGAUAAGGACCACGAAGUCUUAAACGUUUACUAUUUCUUUCCUAAGAAGAUCACAUCCCUGAUUCUUCCAGGCAUCAUUAAGGCAGCUGCUCACAUCCUGUAUGAAACCGAAGUGGAAGUGUCAUUAAUGCCUUCCUGCUUCCAUAAUGAUGGCAGCGAGUUUGUCAAUCAGCCCUAUUUGUUAUACUCCGUUCACGUUACAAGCACCAAGCCAUCCCUGUCCCCAGGCAAGCCCCAGUCCUCCCUGGUCAUUCCUGCUUCUCUCUUCUGUAAGACAUUCCCAUUCCAUUUCAUGUUUGACAAAGACAUGACAAUUCUGCAAUUUGGCAAUGGCAUCAGGAGGCUGAUGAACAGGCGGGACUUUCAAGGAAAGCCGAAUUUUGAAGAGUACUUUGAUAUUCUCACUCCAAAGGUCAACCAGACGUUUAGCGGAAUCAUGACUAUGUUGAAUUUGCAAUUUGUGGUCCGAGUGAGGAGAUGGGACAACUCUGUGAAUAAAUCUUCAAGGGUUAUGGACCUCAAAGGCCAAAUGAUCUACAUCAUUGAAUCCAAUGCGAUCUUGUUCUUGGGGUCACCCUGUGUGGACAGAUUAGAAGAUUUUACAGGGCGAGGGCUCUACCUCUCAGACAUCCCAAUUCACAAUGCACUGAGGGAUGUGGUCUUGAUAGGGGAACAGGCCAGAGCUCAGGACGGCCUGAAGAAGAGGCUGGGGAAGCUGAAGGCCACGCUGGAGCAAGCCCACCAAGCCCUGGAGGAGGAGAAGAAGAAGACGGUCGAUCUUCUGUGCUCUAUAUUUCCCUCCGAGGUGGCGCAGCAGCUGUGGCAAGGGCAGGUCGUGCAAGCCAAGAAGUUCAGUAAUGUCACCAUGCUCUUCUCGGACAUUGUUGGGUUCACGGCCAUCUGCUCCCAGUGCUCGCCGCUGCAGGUCAUCACCAUGCUCAACGCGCUCUACACCCGUUUUGACCAGCAGUGCGGAGAGCUGGAUGUCUACAAGGUGGAGACCAUUGGUGAUGCAUAUUGUGUGGCUGGGGGAUUACACAAAGAAAGUGAUACCCAUGCUGUUCAGAUAGCACUGAUGGCCCUCAAGAUGAUGGAGCUCUCUGAUGAAGUCAUGUCUCCCCAUGGAGAACCUAUCAAGAUGCGAAUUGGACUGCAUUCUGGAUCGGUUUUUGCUGGAGUUGUUGGAGUUAAGAUGCCCCGUUACUGUCUUUUUGGAAACAAUGUCACCUUGGCUAACAAAUUUGAGUCCUGCAGUGUACCAAGGAAAAUCAAUGUCAGCCCAACCACAUACAGAUUACUCAAGGACUGUCCAGGUUUUGUGUUUACCCCUCGAUCAAGGGAGGAACUUCCACCAAACUUCCCCAAUGAAAUUCCUGGAAUCUGUCAUUUUCUGGAAGCUUAUCAACAAGGAACAAAUUCAAAACCCUGGUUCCAAAAGAAAAAUGUUGAAGAUGGUAAUGCCAAUUUUUUAGGCAAAGCAUCGGGAGUAGAUUAGCAAAAUAUGUCCCUGCUUAUCAGUCUUUGGGGUUUGAUUCCUUCAAACAUGUAUGGAAUCUCUGAGAGCACUUUAGGAAACAGAUGGAUAAAAGCAGUAUUACCAUUUCAGGAGCUCACGAUCUACUUAUUCUCUUCCACUUAACAUGAGAAAAAUGUAUUCACUUCAAUACUUCAGCUCCUCAGUGAAAAU